GGCAUAAAGAGAUCGCAGUGAUCGCACCCGUAUCGUAUCGGCUAAUAGACACAGACACGGUGAGUUCGGUAUUUUUAGUUAGUCUGUUCGCGACCGGCGAAGAAGUAGCGCGUGUGUAAUAAUAGAGAGUUAUGGUGAUAACGUCAACGUGUGUUGUGACGGUGUUUAAGAUCAACGGUCGACACCGGAGUCGACAACGCCAGUGAGCAAGCAGUGCGACACUAUGUCCCAGUCAUGGUGAAAACGUUUCUGGGACUGUUAGCUGCUUCAAUUUGUGGUCUCGUAUACGCUGCUCCAUUAGCUGACUCUUGCAAUAAUCUGACCCCUUUUCGAACAGAUAGCACAACCCCUACUUCUUCAGAAGAGUCAUUGCUAGAGGAUCCAGCAGCACGCAACGAAAGGAGCACAAAUCUCUCUCACGUCACUGGUACCGCCAGAAAAAUACAAAUGUUCAUCAAGAAUCGACAUUUACAAAUUCUUCCUGACGGAACAGUCAACGGCACCACUGACGACACUAGUGCUUAUUCGAUAUUACAGCGGACGACAGUGGGAAUUGGUCAAAUGAAAAUUCAAGGUGUGGUUACCUGUCAGUAUUUGUGCAUGGCCAGGUGUGGAUUGCUUUAUGGAUCGAGAGAAUUUGGACAAGAAUGCGUAUUUAAUGAGACCAUCGAGCAAUCCAAUUACAACACGUAUUCCUCCAGUAAAUACUCAAAUGAGAAAAGAACUCUUUACCUAGCACUGAAUCAAAGAGGCCAAUCGAGAAAGGUCGUCCUACGAGCCAGAAAACCGCUUGGUAGAUUGUCCUCCUACACAUUAGUUCUUACAAGAAAUGUAGCCCCGGAACUACACCCAAUCAGACACCAAGGCCACGUUUGCCUGCCUAUACCACAUCCCAAUCAAACAACGCAUCCUUCGCAUCAACGCUGCCCAAAGAGAAGAAAACGCAAAAAGAAACGAAAAUGUACGAAAGACGAAAACGACCCCAAAAUUUGUCAAAGAAUAUUAAAGGUCGUUAAACAAAAGCCGCACAAUACUCGAAAUGUUCGUAAGUGUAAUAAUGAAAAAGACAGUGAAUUGUGCCAAAGAAACGUGAACGUUAGAAGAAAACAGACUAAUUUAAAUAAGUUAACUACUGAAAAGUCGUUAGUGAGUGAUUCAAGAAAAAAGAGAAAAAUGAGAAAAGGUGUUCGAAAAAGAACAUCACCGAUCGAGACAACCACUAUACCUGCAACCGCAGUACCCACGACAACUACACUACCAACAGAAUAUACCACAAAUGACGAAGACUACGUAUCAGAUGGGUACACACAAGAGGACUGGGAAGCGUCCACUGCUCCUUCUGACAUAAAUGGCUGUCUCCAAAGAUAAAUAUACUGUUCAUCCCAAUAUAGAAUUUCACUGACUUGCUCUUUUUUAAUUUAUUGUCUUAUUUAUUGUACAUAAUGUAAAUAAUUACCUGCAAGUCAAUAUAUCUCAUUGAGUAG